AUGGAGCACCUUGUCUUUGAGCCCGAUGCCUCAGAGGAGCUUCGGUAUGCCUACACAGCGGAGGUACUCGAGACCGAUUGGACUCGGUUUGACAACCUUUUUGAUUUUGUUGAGCCCUUGACUCCCUGGCUAGGCUUCAGUCACGAUUCUAUACCCCUCGGCAAGUUCAUGGACUAUCCCAAGAGUGCUGGCUAUGAAAUUGCCAAGAUUUGGAAUGGAGACUUCGGAGACAGUCACAAUAUGAUGAAAACGCAGCCGGCAUUCGAAGUCGGGCGGCGAGUCGCGAGUCUGUUACAAGCCUGGCUCUCCAUUGGUCUAAUGGAAUGCGUUAUCGGCAAGAAGAUCCACGCAUCUUACCUUGUGAGGCGUGCCCGUGAUGGCACGCAAUGCUUGUACACCCGGAAUCUUCACUUCUGCCUACACGCUAGAGUCGUUCAGAUUCGCCAAGGCCGAGUGGACAAGGCAAAGACCAAUGAGGAAAUGCAGCAAUGGGUUCAAGAGGUGAACAAGUGGACGACGAGAUUCACAUGUUGGAGCCAUCCCAGUUUCAGACCGAAGAUGGACGGACCAUAUCCAGGUUUCAUGGACCUCAUUGAGUCGAUUACGCCAGCUAUCGUACGCCUUGCGGGCGUGGUGGAACAGACUCGACUAUAUGUUCUGCCAGACUACGAACACAUGGGCCAGCUCACAUGGCAAUUGCCUUUCAAUGUGGUUGAGAGACGGAGGGACAGUCUUCGAGCACUGGGCUGGUGUCCAUUCCAAAUCAAAUUCAUGGAGGACACGCUCACACAGUCUGUGGUAGACUGGAUUUUGGCAACACACUUCCAGCAGGAUCCCAUAGGACACGAAGGCUGCACGGCUAUUGCGUGCGCUCGCAGCGACAUCGACAGGAAGACCUAUCGACAAUCCCAUUGCUGUCAGGAUGAACAUCUUUGCGCGAGACUAUUCCCAGAUAUGGGAUCGGUGGUGAAGAUCCUCAACGCAGAUAUGAUUCCGAUUGUUUCUCUGAAACAAGACUCCUCAGGCUCAACACUGCAGGUGAAGGGCAGCUCGCGAAGUGAGGCCGGUCUCUAUAUAGCGUUCUCCCACGUCUGGGCGGAUGGCCUGGGUGGCGCUACGGAGGAAGGACUGCACCGAUGCCAAGUUGAGCGGCUAGACAAGCUUUGUCGGUUACAUGCCGAGAGCGGCUGGUUCUGGCUCGAUGCGAUCUGCAUACCCAGCAGAGCCACCGUGGGGGAUGCGGUGUACUUCAAAGCGUUAGUCGCCAUCCGCGAUGUGUACCUGCAGGCCAAGACUGUACUCGUGCUGGACAGGACGAUAGAGAAAUGCGACAGUAAAGCAUCUACUGAGAGUCUAUAUGCGCACAUCUACCUGUCCUCCUGGAUGCUGAGGAUGUGGACAUACGAAGAGGCAGUACUAGCGCGAGACCUGGUCUUCGUCCUGGCCGAUGGCUUCCACAGGUACAGCUUGCAAACUCAGCCGUGGAUGCGACGCACCGUGUGUACGGUCUGGCAGUCGCUGGCGUCGCAACUGUAUCGCCUGCGCGUGGUCCCGGGCGAGUUGACAAUUGGGCACAUCUACCGCGCGUUUCGAUAUCGACUUACCAAUGUCCCAGCAGAAGAGUUUCUGUCUGUCUCAGGAAUGCUGGGCCUUGACACAGGCAAAUUACUGUCUGUCAAAGGAGAAGAGCGAGCCCGACAAUUCUGGCUCAUGUUGAGAACCGUACCGCAUGACAUACCCUUCGCCAUGUGUCCCAAAAUGACGCUCAACGGAUUCAGGUGGGCGCCGGCAAGUAUGAUGUGGCCUGCGCAGACAGGUAUUGACACCGCACCUGGCGGCCGGAAGGCUUUCUGCACUGAAGAAGGCCUUGUAGGAGAGUACGUUGUCUUUGAACUCAAUACGACUCUGAAGGGAAGUGCUGGGGAGCGGUCAAGCAUCUUCAACAUAUGGUCGAAUGGCUGCAGCGCGCCUGAGCUCGGAGCUUGGGCAGGGCCAGGGCUGCUUCGUGUCUACUGUGUCGACUCGUGGCCAGCCGCACCGGCCACACAUGACUUCAACAUUCUUUACAUGGCAAAGGCAUCGGGUGACAUUCUCAGCCAAGGUCAGUGGGUCGCUGCGGCUGCUGCUCUUGGGGAAAGAAGGGAAUUGGGCGGAGAUUCGAGGAGGAUCCGGGCUGUCAAGCACAUCGAUAGAGUCCUCGUUGAGAGGUUACAAAACGCAGAGUUGAGCCAGUCACCGGCUAGUAUCAUGUUUGAGGGCAGGGAAAGGACCAGCAUGCAUGCAUCCGGGAACAGCAAUUUGGAGGAAAUAUGCAUCUCGUGA